UUAGACCAGCUGACAGCCAUGAGCGCGCCGCCAGGCAGGCUGGCCCUCGGCCACCUUCUGAUCUUGUUAGCGCUCGUUGUGCUGCUGACUCGCUGCUCUGCGCAGAGAGCCUACUGUCACCUGCAUAGUUGUGCUGGGCAGUCGCAUACAAUGUGCACCUACCGAAAAGGCAGUAUGGGUAAGGGCUGCGACAGGCGAAGUACCCCUAAAUCUGUCGGGCCCAAGGAGCGCAUCGAGAUCCUGGAAGCCCACAACAGGAUUCGCAGUGAUGUCAAGGCGGGCAAAUACGCCAAGCAAGGUCUACCGGCAGCUGCGGAGAUGCCCGAUCUACAAUGGGAUCCUGAGCUGGCAGCCAUCGCGCAGCGCUGGGCGGACCAGUGUAAAGAAGAUCAUGACCAAUGUCGAGACGUCAAACGGUUUCAAGUUGGCCAGAACGCCGCCUGGACCUGGGGCAGUCCUCUGGACUGGACCAAGGGGGCGAUACAAGGAUGGUUCCACGAAGAGCUCCCCUAUUUUCGCCAGAAGGACCUAGUGUUCCGUUCCGGGCGAGAUUCUGGCUCUGGUAAGCAGAUCGGUCAUCUCACCCAGGUGAUCUGGGCUGACACCAAGUUUGUCGGCUGCGGAUACAGCGCAAGUCCUGAGGGUUCGUGGGUGAAGAGAUCCUACAUCUGCAACUACGGACCCGCAGGUAACGUCCUAGGCCAGAGGAUGUACCGGGUUGCGGGGAGCAGCGACAAAGAGGACGCCCGAGGCCAGACCAACGAGCAGGACACUGGUCGUGGUGAGCAUCAGUAUGACUUCAGAACAUUCGUCUUUGACGAUGGCAGCAAUGACAAUACCUAUACAGACGAGGAUCGCAGUGACUUGCCACAUCCUGUAGGGGUGAAUUAUACUGAAGUAUCUGUUGUUAAUAUGGACCGUAGCGGUAUGCCCAGUACCAAGCCUGAUGGUGCUGAAACGCCAGUUGAAAGAAAAGGGCGUUUUGAUAUAGCAGAUUACUGUCGUUUGAUAAGUUGUGCCGGGCAGCCACACACAAUGUGCACCUACAGAAUAGGCACUAAAGGUAAAAACUGUGGGAAGCAAACUCCUAAAGCUGUCGGACCAAAAGAGCGCAGAGAGAUCCUCGAAGCCCACAACAGAAUUCGUCGCGAUGUCAAGGCGGGCAAAUACGCCAAGCAAGGUCUACCGGCAGCUGCGGAGAUGCCUGAUCUCCAAUGGGAUUCCGAGCUGGCAGCCAUCGCGCAGCGCUGGGCGGACCAGUGCAAGGAAGACCACGACCAGUGUCGAGACGUCAAACGGUUUCAAGUUGGCCAGAACGCCGCCUGGACCUGGGGCAGUCCCCUGGACUGGACCAAAGGGGCGAUACAUGGCUGGUUCCACGAAGAGCUACCCUUCUUUCGUCAAAACGACUUAGUCUUUCGUUCUGUCAGGGACCCGUCGACUGGAAAACCAAUCGGUCACCUUACGCAGGUGAUUUGGGCAGACACCAGAUUCGUAGGUUGUGGAUAUACAGAAGGCCGUGAAGGAUCUUGGAUGAAGAGGUCCUACUUCUGCAACUAUGGACCGAGUGGAAAUGUCUUGGGCGAAACGAUAUAUCACACAACCAUCAAAUCACCUGAUCAAAGAACUCACAGAAAGGAAAGAGAUCACAGAUAUAGCAAAGAAAGCGGCACAAACCGUAGAGAGAGCGCAAAUGAAACCGACAGCGAGCCAAGAAAGAGGGGAAGAGGCAGCGGCGGCACCAAAACCGAAACAAAGAUAUCCAUAAGCACUGAUGGCAGCAGCGGCCAGACACGCAUUCACCAAGAAAGCGUUGCCAAAGGCAAAGUUGAUGUUGAAAUGAGCACAGAGGCGUCGGCAGGCGCAAGUGGGAAGACAAACGUAGUCCGUGUUGGUGUGAAUCGAAGCGAUGAUGCGUUUUUCAAGGAGUUCGUAGAUUUCCCCGGGACAAAAUGGAAAGAAUUUAUGGAGACUGAUCCGCCACGGGGAUCCAGACGAAGGUCCAGGACCUCGCGGUGGUGUCGACAGUUGGGGUCUGGACGAUUCGAACGGUGCCGAAGGAGCGGAAGGCGAGUGGUCUGCCGGUCCGUGAGAAAUUGUAAGCCAACUGAGAACAGGCCGAGGCAUAGAAGGACCACCAAAGACGUAGAAAUGCGGCACGAGUGGGCCCAAACAACCAACGGACACGCACAGGGCUGGACACAGAUGUGGAGCGAAUCGAACGUCUGGAGGGGAAUGAGGAGGCUUAGCCGUUUGAAGGAAAGAAAAGAGCCAAAACGGGAAGAAUAUCGGAAAGGUCAAGUUAACGACACCCUGUCCAACAAUGACCAAAAGCCAUAUCGAAGGCCAAGGCGUAAGAUCGCAUGACUUAGUGUGAAACGGUUAUAGAUCUUUUGAAGCGAACCAAUAAGGCAUCAGCUCAAUGUAAAAAGACACCUGUAUUCAUUUGUCUCACUGCCUCUUGCCUGAAUGUGGGAAAGUCGGGAAGUGUCAUUACUGAGAUUGGAUGAGACAAACAUCUCUCAUCUAAGGCUCGGAAACUGCGGAGCAAUGAGACGUUGGUAUGGUUGAGUAUUGAGUAUAGCUAUUGUUAAUGUCUCUUUGCAUGUCUCCUUCUGUGAGCUCUUUUUUUAAUAAAAUAUGAAACACAG